GAACAGAUGUUGGACGCUUUCAUUAGGGGACCCAACGGCUAUUUAUUAUAAUAUCUGUUGCCAUAGCCUACUACUACAAGAAAGAGACCUUGGCCUGCUUGCGUCGUCGAUUUGAUCUCUCGGUGUCUAUUUUCACGUUGGUCAAAUGGUUGAUCAGGCGAUCUGACGGGCCCUCCUCACCUCCCAGGGCCGGCUCACACAUAUCUAUUUACACCAACAGAACUGACGCUAUUCAAAUGCCACGAGGCGAGACCUACCCUGUUCUCUACCGAGUACCCUUUCCAGAGACUUGGGCGGCUGCCCGGCUAUGCGAUAUUGAAAACCCACGGGGCCCGGAUGAGAGGCAAAGAACAGACAAACCGACCAGUCGACCGCCAGGCAGACAGAGAGCAAAACUACGAGCCUGUUCGGGCUAACUGGCAACCAUAGCACAGAUCGCGCGUCUCGUGCUGUCGCACGCCGCUUGGGAUUGCGGUGGCUCUGUCCUGCUCCCUCGACCACCCUUUCUCACCUCGUGACGGGCCGGUUAGGCUACGGAGAUGGCAAGCAAUACAAUUAAUGUUGGGUGAUUUGAGAGCUUGUAGAAUGUGUAACGACGAUAGGAUAUGUCG